UUGCUGAAUCGGGCUUACGACGGCUAUGCGGGCCGGCCCGUGGAAUUCGUGGGUGUGAACAUCUGGGAUACGGCUGAAUCCGCCGCAGCUUUCGUGUCCGAAUUUGACGUGAAGUAUCCUACGGGUAUGGACGAGUCGGGCAGCAUCACCCUGGACUAUGGUGUACGCGGCAUUCCGGAGAAAUUUUUUGUCAGUGCGGAUGGUAUCAUCCGACAGAAAUACGUCGGCCCGAUGCCCGAGGCCGUGUUGAUAACCACGCUGGAAAACUUGCUGGCCGAAAUCGAACCCGGCGGCUAG